UAUCCAACAAAGACUUCCGACCUCCAAUCAUGGGCAAAAGCAAGUCGCUGAAAGGAGGCUCCAGAACUGACUCAAGUCCCGCUGCUAAGAGUUCAAAGGAACACAGAACCUCUGCUUUUGCCGUGGACCAGAAAGCUGUUGAUCCCGCCCUCGCUUCUUUAUUUUCGGCCAGUCUUGGACCUGUACAGCCUCUCCCGAAAAGUCGAUAUCACGCUGCAGAGAAAGUCUCAACAAAAGCUACCAAAGAUGCUGAGAACGAUGAAGAACUAUCUGAGCUUAGCUCGGAUACGGAAGCUCCAGAUGCGACUGAUUCUGAGGGUGGAGUAGCUGUAGACGGCGAUGAAGUCCUAGAAGACUCUUCUGAGGAAACUUCAGACGAGGGCGAAAAUACAAAGUCAACCCCCAUGCAGUUACACGACAUCGUUGAUACAAAAUCGGAGAAGUCAACGCGGAAACGAAAGCGGAAGGAGAACGAAGAUGAUCUCGAGGAUGUUUAUCUACAGAAGCUAGCCGAGGAGGAGCAGAAAGAAGAAGCCAAACUCCGUCAAGAGAAGCGCCCGAAACGCGAUCAAAGAACUGGCGAUCCCUCUAUGGAAACCGACGGCAAUGGAGACGAUGAUGCACCUGAAGACGACGCCGACACAUUUGUGCCACCACAACAUGAGUCUCUCGCGGCCGUUCCUAAAACACCAGACGAACUAGACAAAGCCUCGCGCACUGUCUUCCUCGGCAACGUAUCUACCGCAGCCAUCACCUCCAAGACCGCUAAAAAGACUCUCCUCGCCCACCUCUCCUCCUUUCUCUCAACGCUCCCGCCAUCCACGCCCCCUCACAAAGUCGAAUCACUUCGCUUCCGCUCCACCGCCUUCUCCACACCCCUCCCCAAAAAAGCUGCCUUCGCCAAGAAAGAUCUCAUGGCCGAAACCACGAAAUCCACACAUGCUUACGUCGUCUACUCCACCGUCAAAGCCGCCUCCGCCGCCGCACCAAAGCUCAACGGUACCGUCGUCCUCGACCGCCACAUCCGCGUCGAUCACGUCUCCCACCCCCAACAAAUAGACCACCGCCGCUGCGUCUUCAUCGGCAACCUCGGCUUCGUCGACGACGAAACCGCCCUCCGCGCAGCAGCCGCCGCAUCCUCCGACGGCAAACCACGCAAACCCAAGCCUGCCGCCGAUGUCGAGGAGGGCCUCUGGAAACAUCUCGCCUCGGCCGGCACCAUCGAAAGCGUGCGCGUCGUCCGCGACGCAAAAACCCGCGUCGGCAAGGGCUUCGCCUACGUCCAAUUCGCGGACCAGAACGGCGUCGAAAAGGCCCUCCUCCUCGACGGCAAGGCCUUCCCGCCUAUGCUGCCGCGCUCGCUGCGCGUCACGCGCGCGAAGAGCAUGAAGCGCAAUCCCAAGGACGCUUCCCAUCCGGCCGUGAAUCGACGCGCGCAGGCAGCACCAGGGACAGGGAAAGGCAAAGGCAUGUACAACCCGAAGAUGAGCCAGGCGGAAAAGUCGGCGCUCGGACGCACGGGGAAAUUGCUUGGCCGUGCCGGCGCGGCAGCGGCAAGGAGUGGGAAGUUUGGUGGCGCGGAGGGUGUUGCGCGCACGCCGGAGAGUUUUGUAUUUGAAGGGCACCGCGCAACGGCCAGUCAGGGCAAGACUGGCUUCAAGUUCAAGGGGAGUGGUAAUAACAAGGGCGGCAAAAAGGCUGCCGGGGCGGGCGGGAAGACACGGAGGACUCAUCGGGCCGCAGAAUGGAAGAAGAAUGGUGGCAAAAAAGACUGAUUACAAGGGCAUAACGACCCUUUUCUUUUCACGCCUCAACUACAUUGAAAUUCAUACAUGGUAUCUAUCGAAAGGAAGAAUAAGAGAAAAAGAAAAUGGGAUUCGUUGAAUGGCGAAAGCUGACAGAUGGGUGAAAAAUGGAAAGGAAAAAUAGUGUUGAUAACAGUAUAGCACAUCCAACCAACCAAUUCAUAGCACGUGAGAAAUUCCCCAGGGAGAUGCCGUCUCUCGAAAAUACAAUACAGGCCCAAAAAGCGGCGCCAAUCCCAUCUCUU